AAAUUCACUCAUCAUCAUCAGGUCAAUAUACCAGGACGAGGCGGCUGUACAGAGGGCGUGUAGGAUAUUUACAGUAAACUACUCGUGACCCCUGACCCCAGAGAUGGACCCGCGUGCUCAGGACGUUCUACUGUGUGACCUCUGUGAAACUGACCCCCUGCAGUAUUGCUGUGAACAUUGCGAUAUCAAUCUUUGUACUGACUGUGUCAGUAAACAUCUCUCAGAUUCCUCUGAAAAACACAAAAUCGCAUCCUAUCAUUUACACAAAAAGUUUACUCCUAAAUACUCAAAAUGUCUGAAACACGCCGACAAAGAUUGCGAAAUGUACUGCGGGAGCUGUCACAUUCCUGUGUGUACUACCUGCAUCUCCUCAGGUAAACACAAAGGCCACGAUAUAUCAGAUAUUCUGGAAAAACUCGGCUCUAACAAACAACGCAUACAAAAAGAUUUAGAAGAACUCGAGAAUGAGAUUUACCCCCGAUAUAAGGACAUUUCCUCCGCUGUCCAAACUGAGAAAGCCGAAGUAGAAACGAAUUACGAAAAACUAGCCACAACUGCUGACCAACAAGGAGAAGUCUGGCAUCGCGAGGUCACCGCCACUGUCAACAAACGGAAAGCAGACAUUGUAGAGACAAAAACUAAACAUCUCUCUCUAUUAGAUAAACACGCGGAUGAAAUCACGCACAGAAUGACUGAAAUCAACCAGGUCAUUCUAGAAAUGAAAAACAUCCUGGACACCAACGACAUCUCCUUAACAUCAACUUACAGAUCUAGAAAUAAUGAAUUCAAUAAACUGCCUCCUAAAAUCAAAGUUACAUUACCAAGCUUAUAUCUUCCAACAAUUAACACAGAAACACUUAAUGAGAUGUUUGGUUCAUUAUCCUCACUCUCCGUUACAACAGUCAAACCACUGCUUGAUGAGCCGCGACUUAUCGCUACCAUAGACACUGAGUAUACACAACUAUACAGUGUUAGCUGUCUGAGUGAAGAUCAAGUCUGGACAUGCGGGUAUAACAACACCAUGAAGUUGCUCAACCUCCAGAGUAAACUACUGACAUCAAUACAAACCAAGUCGGGGAACGAACCGUGGGACAUAGCAGUUACACGGGACGGAGAUCUUGUUUAUACUGACUUUAUAAAUAAAACUAUAAACUUAAUUAAGAAUAAACAGAUACAGACCGUGAUCACACUACAGGGGUGGAGACCUCUCUAUGUCUGCGGUACCACGGCUAAGAAUCUCCUGGUUACCAUGAUCAGUGAUGAUAGAAAACAAUCCAAAGUCGUGCGUUACUCCGGAUCCACAGAAAAACACAGCAUUCAGUUUGAUGAUCAGGGUCGUCCUCUCUAUUCAUCUGGUCCUUUCACUAAAUACAUCAGUGAGAACAGGAACCUGGAUAUCUGUGUGGCUGACCGGUCAGCUAGUGCAGUAGUGGUGGUCAAUCAGUCAGGAAAACUCCGAUUUAGAUACACUGGUCAUCCCUCUAAUACCGAGCAAUCAUUUACUCCAGUCAGCAUCACUACAGACAGCCAGAGUCACAUCCUGACAGCAGACCGUGACAAUCACCGUAUCCACAUCCUAGAUCAGGACGGACAGUUCCUCCGUUACAUUCACUGUCAUUUAGAAUUUCCAUGGGGUUUAUGUGUGGACAUCAGAGACAACCUCUUUGUGGCUGAGCGUGACACUGCUAAAGUGAAGAAAAUCCAAUAUCUAUAAACACAGCGUUAAUCCACAUCUCAACAGUGUUAAUUACAUCUACCAACACAGUGUUAAUUUCAUAUCUCCAGUGUUAAUCACACAUUGUCAACUUCCCACAUUUAUGUAGCAAUAUUCCAUAAUCACCUGCAUAUGGUGUUUAUAUAUCUCAACUGAUUCGAUAUGCAAGAGCUUGUUCUGGGUAUAGUCAGUUUUUAAAUCGAGGUAAGCUACUGACAAACAAGUUGAUAGUACAGGGAUUUCAACAGUCUCGAUUGAAGUCAGCAUUUCGCAAAUUCUAUGGUCGUUAUAACGAUCUAGUUCGUCAAUACAACCUCGCAUUGGGUCAAAUGCUGUCUGACGUGUUUCAUACCGAUUGUUAAACCGUUCUUGGCACACUGAUUUUGACUGCGGAUAACUCCGUUUACCUGAUCAGGAUAUGGGGCUCACGGCGGGUGUGACCGGUCAACAGGGGAUGCUUACUCCUCCUAGGCACCUGAUCCCACCUCUGGUGUGUCCAGGGGUCCGUGUUUGCCCAACUAUCUAUUUUGUAUUGCUUGUAGGAGUUAUGAGAUUGAUCACUGUUCGUUAUCUUCACCUUGCAUCUACAAGGUUCUGUGUUGAUUACCGUAAUAAACACGAUGUUAAUUACAGUCCUGUGUUGAUUACAGCUGUGUUAAUUGCACCAGUGUUUGAGAUUAACUUGCGCAUUGACAGUAAAUUUGUGUUUGUUUAUGAGUGUUUGAUUGAACUUUAUUUUGUUUGCUAUCUGUGAUAUGUUUCAAUGUAUAUAUUAUAGAUAAACAUGAUUUAGUGUACAGUCUUAUUUUAUUACUGUCAGUACAGAUAGAUAAACAUGAUUUAGUG